GUUGGGAACAGGGAUCCGCGCUUGAAGAGCGAACCGAAGCGGCGGCAAUGGCUGCUCCGGUUCGAUUAUAUGAUGCCCAUUACAUUCCAUUACCAUCACAGGGUAAUGUCUACAGCUUGGCAUUUCUACAAGUGGACAGGGGAGUUACAAAAGUUCUGGUGGCAUCAUUGAAAAGAAAAGUGAGAGCAAAUCGCAUGUGUAUUCGCUGGAGUAUGUUCACGACGCGCGUGGAGUUCUGCAUCCCACCGUCAACGAGAUUCCCUUCACCUACCUGCCGGAGGGCUCUGAGAUCAUCUCUAUCGAUGCAUUCAACAAGAGCGAGAACAGAGAGGAAAUGGUGGUGGGAUUUGCCAUCAUCAAGGACGUAGACCGCGGCGACGGCAAGACGUCACAGUACCUGAACAUCUACAGCGACUGGGAGCCGGAGUUUGGCGCCAGCCCGCUGGAGACGCUGGCGCAGAACUGGCGCCACGUGGAGCUGCCGUUCAUCCCGUACCAGCUGCAGCACGCCGUCGUCGACAUCAACGGCACGCUGGACACCUGUUUCCUGCUGAGUGGCAGCGACAAGACAAUGCACUUGUAUUGCGAGGAUAAGCCCAAUCAGAGCUUCCGCGAGGAGCCUCUGGAGCCGCUGUUCCCGGAGUUUGCCGACCUGCCAUCUGUCGUCCUGUGGACGAACUUCUACAAGGACAUACCCGGACUGCGCGUGACGGCCCUGGCGUGCGAGGGCGGCUACAUCCGGGUGAGCGUCGUGGACCUGUCGCUCCUGCGCGUCACGCACGUCUGGUCCACGACGCACGACAACCCGGUGACUUCCGUGCGCCUGUUCACCCUGGGCACGCGACUGGAGGCGCCCGAGUUUGUGCGCGCGGCGCUGCGCGACCCGAGCGACCUCGCCACCCCCUGCCGACCACCAGCCGCUGCACCUGCUGGUCACCAACGCGCUGAUGCCGUCGGCGGUGUACACGACGCCAGCGACGUGGUCACCUGCUCCUGCGUCUGCGACAUCAACAUGGACAGCCGCAACGAACUGGUGCUGGGCACCUACGGACAGGAGAUCCUGGUGUACAGCCUGCAAGGCAACACGUGGGCGCAGAUCUGGCGCCACAGCUUCUCGCAGCCGCUGCUCGGGGUCACUUACGUGGACCUGAUCGGGGACGGCAUCAACGAGCUGGUGGUGCUGACCAACCACGGGCUCCAAGUGCUGCAGCACGACACGCGCGAGGCGGCCGCCCUCUGCCGCCAGCGGCUGGAGACGUUGAGCGGUCUGACCAGCGGCGACUUGGCACGGCACGCAUACGCGGGCAGACGCGUGCCCGGCUACCGCGGCCGCUGA